CGGCUGAUGACGACCAUCGCCAUCGUUCCUUCCGCAGUCUGUGCGGAGAAGUCUCACGAGUACGAGAGGCCGAACGAUCGUCUCAAUCUUUGUCGAUCACGACCGACGACAAGCCGUGUUGCCGUUCCGACCGAUGUUUAGCAGUCAGCCACAAUUACAGAAGGAGGGGUUUUGAUUGACGCGGUUUCACUGGUGGUGCCGGGCAAACAAUGGAAGUUGUUGAUAGAUAGCGAAAUAGUUCAAUUAGCGGGUUCCCAGUUGAUAAGUAGCGUUAAUUGAUUUGAUUGAACCACGCGGCGCGCGCUCUUUGUUGACGCGAGAACAAAGUGUGGUGCAAAGAUCUUUGCGAGGUGAUUUUUUUUGGAUGUGAAUUUACCGUCGGCAAAUAGGAUUUGUGGUACAAAUUGGACGUGAUACGCGUUUUUUAAUGUGAGAUUUGUUUUGGGGAAUGUUGAUGCUAUUGCGAUAAGUUUGAAUGGUGAAGAUUUGUAAAUAAUUCCUUUACACGGUUGAAGCAAUGAUAACGAAAGUCAUUGCGUACGGAAUGAUUUUUUGACCUUUCUUGAGGCGACACCCCUAAGAAGGAAGAAACAAAACGGACGACCAGGAAGGAUUUUCCUAGAAAUGAAUGGAUAUAUUACCUGAUGCUAUGGGUCGUCGUAGUGUAUUACUUUGAGAAAUAUUUACGACUGUGCCCGGUGGGAGUACUGCCGUGCCAGGAAAAGAUGGAUAAGUGAAAAUAAUCUGAAGAAUUCCAAGUGCUUACAAGUGCGUGUAUGAGUGUUAGUGUGUUUUAGCUGAAUUGGGAUCCUUCCGAGCGGAAAAGAACCACAGAGUUUGUUCCGAAAAUGCCGGAAAAAGAGACUUUCCACGAGCAUAUGCAGAUUCACCCGUUCCAUCAUCCGGGUCAUUCGUUGGCCGCGGCAGCCCAUCAUCAUCAAAGCCUGGCGGCCUCACAUGGGCUUGCUGCGGCUGCCGCUGCCGCUGCUGUCAAUGGAACUGUCAAUCCCGGAGCCGGAGCAGGUUACAGUCCCCUGCAGCUGCCGUCGGCUUUCGUUGCUUUCCACUCACAACUGCCAACGGUGGAACAAAGAGCGGCCCACGAUGGCCGCUACGGACUCUGGGAUCCCACGGGACCACCGUCCUACCAUCAUUCUACAGCUCAUGGGCUGGUGGUUAAUAACGCCAAUUUCGCGGAGCUGCAGCUACUGAGUGCCCGUCGGGCUGCGGUUGCCGCCGCAGUGGCAAACGCCGAGGCAGCUGCCGCCGCUGCCGGUUCAGUAUUAUCCCAGCAUCCUCCGGCGACAGUGCUUCCGCCGGUUACAGUGUCCCCGCCUGCCACCUCCAACGGAACAACCGACGGCCGGAGCAGCAGCGGGCCGGCACCGGCAGCAGGUCAUCCAGGUGCCGGCGGUUCCAGUCCCCAUGGUGCCGGUGCCAGCAGUCCACCGAUGGCCGCUGGACAAACGACACUCCCAUCGGUUCCGGUGCCGCAUCCGGGCGAUUUCCAUCCCGCCUACAGGAUACCCGGGUACAUGGAACAUCUCUACUCGCUGCAGCAGGCGUCCGCUUCCAUGCAUGGUCUCGGCUUAUCGUCGGAGUACAUCAACGCACGGAAUGCCAUCGCGGACCUGCACCCGGCCAGCUCCUUGGCUAGUGCCGACUUCCACUUCAGUAUCGACGCGGCCAGCAGACUCAACAGCCCCCGGCCGGGUAGCAUACGGGCCAGCGUCAGCCGCAAACGACCGCUCUCCUCAUCGCCAUACUCGGAUGCGUUUGAUAUUGGCUCGAUGAUACGAUACUCGCCCAAUUCGCUCGCUUCGCUGAUGAACGCCUCGCGCAGCAGCAGUGCCAGCGGAUCGUAUGGGCAUCUUUCGGCCAGUGCGCUCGGGCCGGCACUCGGCGUCCACAGCACCAUGCCCCCACACUUACAACAUCUGCUACGAAGUAGUGGAUUUCUGCAUUCCCUGCCCGGUCAUCAUCCUCCUACGGCCAGCAUGUUCUCACUGUCACCGCACCAUCCCCUACAUCCGGGCCAUUCCCUAACAAAACAACAGCAAAUCACUGAUCUCUCGAGUAAAAAAUCAGAACAACCUUCGUCCACCAACCAGGUUACCCGCGUCGAAGCCGAUAGCGCUAGCAAUGCCCAGCAGAAGAAAUCUCGCGCCAAGCGAGAGUCAUCGAUAUCGGUCCCAAUGCACAAAGGCAGCCCACCCAAUGGUUCGGCCAUGAUUACCUCCAAUCACCAGCUUAGCCCUACUUCAACACAGGGCAUGACCAAUGGAACCAGCACGUCAACGGCAGCGACUUCAACGACCCAUCAUAACCAUAACCACCAUCACUACGGUGGAGGCGGAGGUUCCGGUUCCAAUGGACUCAACCUAAGCCCGAUGCACAUGAUGGAAACGGGCGGAAUGGGUUCCAAGGUCGAUUCGACCGAUCCGAAAGACGAGCCCGGCGAUUUCAUCGAAACCAACUGUCACUGGCGAGAUUGCUCACUGGAGUUCAACACCCAGGACGAGCUGGUCAAGCACAUCAACAACGAUCACAUCCACGCCAACAAGAAGUCGUUCGUGUGUCGCUGGGAGGACUGUUCCCGGGACGAGAAACCCUUCAAGGCACAAUACAUGUUGGUAGUGCAUAUGCGUCGGCACACGGGCGAGAAGCCGCACAAGUGCACGUUUGAAGGUUGUUGUAAAGCAUAUUCCCGGUUGGAAAAUCUUAAAACUCAUCUACGGUCUCACACCGGUGAAAAACCGUACACAUGCGAGUAUCCCGGUUGUAGCAAAGCGUUCAGCAAUGCUUCUGAUCGUGCCAAACAUCAAAACCGAACCCAUAGUAAUGAGAAACCCUACGUUUGUAAGGCUCCCGGGUGUACCAAACGGUAUACGGAUCCCAGUUCGUUGCGAAAGCAUGUGAAAACGGUCCACGGGGCCGAGUUCUACGCGAACAAGAAGCACAAAGGUAACGGGCAUCAUGGUGGAAGUGGAAGUGGGGGCGAUGGUGGAGACGAUGGGGAUCACAUGUAUGAUGGUAGUCCACGAAGCGAGGACAUGCAGAGUGGCAAGACGACCAGCAUGAGCAGUCCAAGCAUCAAAUCGGAAUCCGAUGCCCAUUCACCGGGACAGCCUCCGAUCAACAGCCCCAUGUCGAUUUCGGCACUUACCGCUGGGCUGGUUGAUGAUUACGACGGUAGUCCAAUGCAGUUGGGAAGCUUGAACGCCAUUGAUGAUCCUGCUUGGCCAUACGUGGAUGAAGACCUUGAGGUCGCCGAUCUACCAUACGUUUUGCGGGAAAUGGUUGACCUAGGUGGUCCGACUACGGCAGGAACUCGCUCCAGCGGUCCACGGAAUAGGUUCAAGAACCGGCUCAGUAACAAAGGUUCUUUGAUGAGCAACCCCCUCUCCAAUAUACCGGAAACCAACAAUCAGCGUAACUUCAGCUUAGGUGAAUUGAACCGGAGGAUUAUCGAUCUCAAGAUGGAACCAGGGACAACGCCUCCUCCUCAGCCUUCCCCAAUCUCCAAAAACUGUCAGCCGACUGACUUGGGUAACCUGAGACCCCCAACAGGUCCUUCCUGUACCAACACAAUGAUGACGAAUGCCUACCUGAAUCCCGCUCAAGUUCGGCGCGAUAGCAACAACAGUACAACUAGUAGUUCCUACUACAGCAUGCGAUCAGCGGACAUCAGUCGUCGUAGCAGCCAAGCUUCGCAGCAGAGCUCUAUCUCUACCAUGCGUCCUAGUAGUUACUACAACUCUUCCUUCUACGAUCCGAUCUCACCUGGAAGCUCUCGACGAUCAAGCUCGAUGUCAACGGUGACGAACGGAGGACAAAGCUUGCCGCCACCGCCCUCUUCACAUUUGAUCGCAACUCAUCUGCAACGAUUUAGCCAAGACUCAAUGGGUAGCAAUCAUCCUGCAGCUGGUUCAUCGCGUCACUCAAUCCCGAACAUGAGUGGUGGCAGCUUCUAUCAUCAAUCACAAAUGCUUGGGCAGGUUGACCGACGCAUGUCUGAACCUUUGGCUGCCAAUCAUCAGCACGGGCUGAACUUCGGACCAGGCUUUGGUCCUGGGCCUUCAAGGCCUAGCUCUGCCGCACCUCGGAGUUGCACAGUAACAUCAGGUGCUGUAUCCAAGGCACCAUCUCCGCCAUCGCAAAAACUUCACCCGAAUCAGGAGGUAGUACUCGACGAAGUCGAAGAAGACGAGAUGGUGGAAAACAAGCUGGUUAUUCCGGACGAAAUGCUACAGUAUCUGAACGAGGUAGCUGACCAGGAAACCAAGACUACUGUGGCCCAAGGAAUGUCAACGCCAAAUUCUACAGCCCCCGCUGGAUUCCAGGCUGAGAAUUCACCACAAGGUACUUCCGGCGCAACUCAACCACAAGCAGCGUCUUUCACACAACCUCAAGUAAACCUAAAUAACGUCCUCAUGAGUCCACAAUCUCAGUACAGCAACGAUGAUUGCAGUGUAAUGAGCAACGUGAUGUCUCCUCAGACUCCCCAGCAACAGAUGAUGUCUCCAAUGUUGCCAGAAUGUGCCAAUACUCCGGCUAACUUUGUACCUCAACAAUCACAACAACGAACGAACGUUCAAUGUCAGAUGCAAAACUUUAACCGUCCCAGCUUCAAUUCUCAACAACAACCCUUGCAACUACGCCAGAUUGCUUGCUCCAACCUAAUCGGAUACUUCCAUCGUACUGAUCAGAGUGCUCAACAUUGCUGCCUAGCCAUGAUGAUGCAAGGUUCCUUGCACAUCAAUCAACCUUCUGGAUCCAACUCUAACACACACCAAUACAAAAAUCCUUUCAGUGUUACCUUUAACUCCAACCAAAUACCCACUACCCGACAACAGCCCCCUGUUCUCAACGAUCCCACCAAUCCAAACCAGGUUAACGUAGAAAUUCAGUGCGGCGACAUCAGCCAAUCACAGCUUUCGCCAGCGGUAGCUAAUCUCUCAAAACCAUCCACCAAUCCAGCCCCUAAGCCCAAUCCAACGCAACCCACCAGCAAACCCAUGGAGAGCAGUCUUCAAACCCCUCCACUUCCCUCCACACCAACCGGAUUCGGUGAAACCGGUGCAGCAGCAGCUACUGUUGCUGCUUCAGCUACCACCGUGAACCAAACAACAAUGGGUUCGGACACCUACCAGCGCACCCUGGAAUACGUCCAAAACUGCCAGAACUGGGCCGAAUCGGCCUCAGAUAUGGUUAGCAGCAGUACCCACCCUUCAGCGGCAGCAGCGAUCGCCGGAGCCAGCUCCCCUGCCACCGCAGCCGUAGCUCCGGUUGCCGCCGUUGUUGAACCACCUCCAUCCUCGAACCUGAUCAUCAACGAUAUGAGCACAUCGCUCAGUUCCUACUUCGAGGAAGACCGGUACCUGCAGAUGAUUCAGUGAAUGUUCAUGGCUAACCCCCCUCGUUUACAGUUUUCCUUAAUUCUUUCUAAUAUCCCGUUGGUUGGAGCGCUAUUUAGAACGUUCUAGAAUGUGAUGACGACAGGUACCUUCUUGCUUUAACAACUUCAACUUAAUCAAAACUUUUAACUGAGAAAAUCACUAUAGAGGUUCCAACUGAAAUUUCUCUAACUUUUUCCAAUCCUUACUCAAGUUCUUCCAACUCAAUUGCAUUUGAGACUUAUUGUUGUUUCUGAUUGUGUGUUUGUACGAAUCCAUCUAUUGUUAAGAAAAGGUGGCACGCUCACGUGAAACUAGUGAUAAUUUUUUCUUCCACACCUUAGACGUAGCAGUUUUUCGGUAGCGAUUGUUUAUAAACAUUUUUUUGCUUAGUGUUUAAACUCAGUGACGAUUUCACACCUCUAUAUAAAUCUGUAUGUAUAGGACCAUUUUUUGGGCGUUGAUGCGCGUAAACAAGCAUUUGAUAGAUAUAGUUAGAUUAUUGUUUUCACUUUGAUUUUUUCUCUGUGCAAACAAAGACACCAGAUUUCUUACAUUUCAAAUAAUUAAUUCGUUGAUCUGAAUUAUAUAAAGUUCGAUUUUUUCGAACCACAACUCAAAAUUGUUUGUAAGAAUAGGUGAUUUCUCGUCUCGCUCUCUCCCUCUCGAUGGGGGACGAUAAAUAAGAUUUAAGAAACCGAAAUUAUUAUAGAAAAAUAUGCAUUUCGUUGAUAAGCACCCCGACAAACCCGUUUAAAACCGAUAUAGCACAAAUGAAAGUAUCGCUACUGCACAAAACAAAUAAAAUAUCUUAAACGAUCAAAAGAGUCUUGAUUAGUUGAUAAGCUGCAUAGAUAGAUUUUUUAUACUUAACGUAUUCGUGUAAAGAUUGUUUCGUACGUUUCAUUUUUGUGCUGUUUCUUAAAGUGUAAAUAACAGACUUGAUUAUGAUAAGCUUUAAACAUAGAAUUAAGACAAAACGAGAAAUAAAUUAAUGAUUUUUUUUUUCUAAAACAA